GGUUAGCCUAGUUCCUCAAGGAAAGGUAUCAAGCGAUUUUGCUGGAUGGCUACUAUUGACUCUCCACAACCAGCAAUAACAGUACUGUAAAUAAGAUUAUUACACCAAGCUACUUAUGCUCAGAUACUGAUAUUACAACCAAGGUGCCUGUCAGUGUUGCGCUGACCCUCGUUUGAACCUGCCCCCGACAAUUGAGUUUCACGGCUACCUAGUCACGAAGAGUUUUACUACCACGAAUGUCUACUUCAACUCGUCGAGUUUGAUGAACAUCCGACUGCCUUCGACGUUCCCAAGCCUGGGCUGGAAACUCAGCCCCUGCUUGCUUCAUUCACGCCUAGCAGCUGAAUCGAUCCGAUGGUCCUCAUCAGGGUCUCGUUGGAAACAGCGACAAGGCCGUGAUGCGUAUGCACGAGGUGCGAAGGUUCAAGGGCUCAAAAGCCGAGCAGCUUUCAAGCUCCUAGAAAUGGACUCCAAGUACAAGCUGUUCAAAGGCAAUGGGCAGACAGUUGUUGACCUGGGAUAUGCACCGGGCAGUUGGUCGCAGAUUGCCGUGGAAAGGACGAGACCGAAUGGCCGGGUCAUCGGUAUCGACCUCAUCCCAGCCCAGCCGCCUCGUGGUGUAGCUACAUUCCAGGGCGAUUUUCUCUCGCCAGUUGUUCAGGAGAUGGUCAAAAAUUUCAUUCUUGAAAGCCAUCAGAACCCACCUGUUGGUCAGGAAACUGAGAAAUCCGACAUCUCUGUCACAGACGAAGGAAUCACGGUCGACCGCCCUAGCUAUCUCGACAUGGAGCGACACACGGGGCAAAACGAGCCACCAGCAUCUGGACUAGAAGGACCAAGCAAGCGCAUCGUCGAUGUUGUUUUGAGUGACAUGUCAGCACCCUGGGAGCAAACCACCGGCUUUAGCGUGAAGACAUUGAGUAAUCCCUAUCAUAGGCUGAUGAACACGAGCGGAAACGGCUUCCGUGACCAUGUGGGCAGUAUGGACCUUUGCGCUGCUGCUCUACAGUUUGCUAGCGACACUCUUCGAUCUGGGGGACAUUUCGUCUGUAAAUUCUACCAGGGACCCGAAGAUAAGGAAUUCGAGAAAAAGUUGAAAACUCUUUUCACCAAAGUUUUUAGAGAGAAGCCUGAUUCUUCAAGAAAGGAGAGCCGGGAAGCAUACUUUAUUGGCCUACGGAGAAAACCUGGUGUUACGAUAGAACCCACAGGCAUAGACGAAUAGGUCUCGGUGGAUAUGUACAACAUGUGUAUCUGUAGGAAUCAUGCGGCAUUGGAUUUGCUAUCUUAGAAUCCUUUGAGAAGAUUUGUGCCAGGGGCAUGCGAUAUACAAUCACAUAGAAGCCAACAACAUCAUGACGGCAACAAGGCGCGAGAAUUUCAUUGUAGAAUUUUGUGAUACCUAGGCACGCCAAUUCCAUGCAAGACCCAUUUGCCAGUCGUAUUUUGG